AUGUCGCAGUUUGUUUCCCAGGACCCUGGUGCUCGUGAGCACGACCUCGGCUUUGCCAAGGGCGAUGUCAAGGACGGCUUCACUGCCCGUCCCUCCCGCUCCGACGAUGGCGCUGCCGACAACAUGCUCGAGUCUCUGGGUUACAAGCCCGAGCUCGAGCGCAACCGCUCGACUCUCCAGGUCGCCUUCAUGUCCUUCGUUCUCGCAUCCAUUCCCUACGGUCUGGCUACCACGAUGCUUUACCCCCUUGCUGGCGGUGGCCCCGUCAACAUCAUUUGGGGUUGGCUCGGCGUGUCUCUGAUCAUCAUCUGUGUCGCUGCGUCGCUCGGUGAAAUCACCAGUGUUUAUCCUACUGCCGGAGGUGUCUACUACCAGGCCUUCAUGCUCGCUUCUCCCAGAUGGCGCCGCGCAGCCUCUUGGGUUUGCGGCUGGCUCUACGUCGUUGGAAACAUUACCAUCACUCUCGCUGUGAACUUCGGAACUGCGCUCUUCUUCGUCGCGUGCAUCAACGUGUUUGAAUCGGAGCCCGGUGUCGGUGUCCUUGCUGGCGAGCCGUACCAGGUUUUCCUCAUUUUCCUGGGUCUGACUCUGCUUUGCAACGCCGUCUCCUCGCUCGGCAACCGCUGGCUGCCUAUCCUUGAUACCGCUGCCAUUUUCUGGACCUUCGCCGGUGUCUUCGCCAUUAUCAUCUCCGUCCUCGUCAUUGCCAAGAACGGCCGCCAUGAUGCCAAAUACGUCUUCACCCACUUCGAGGCCAACUCUGGCUGGCCCGAGGGCUGGUCUUUCAUGGUCGGCCUUCUGCACGCCGGAUACGCCACCUCGUCCACGGGCAUGGUCAUCUCCAUGUGCGAAGAGGUCAAGAACCCCUCGAAGCAGGUCCCUAAGGCUCUCGUCUUCACCGUCUGCCUCAACACUCUUGCCGGUCUCCUCUUCCUGAUCCCCCUUGUCUUCGUCCUCCCCGACAUCACCAUGCUCAUCAACCUCGCUUCCGGCCAGCCCGUCCCCACCAUCAUCAAGGAGGCCAUCGGCAACUCUGGCGGUGCUUUCGGUCUCCUGUUCCCCCUCAUGGUUCUCGCCGUCCUCUGCGGUAUCGGCUGCACCACCGCCGCUUCCCGCUGCACCUGGGCCUUUGCUCGUGACGGUGCCAUUCCCGGCUCCCGCUGGUGGAAGGAGGUCAACCACAAGCUCGACGUUCCCCUGAACGCCAUGAUGCUCUCGAUGGCUGUCCAGAUCAUCCUCGGUGUCAUCUACUUCGGUUCCAGCGCUGCCUUCAACGCCUUCUCUGGUGUUGGUGUCAUCUGCUUGACCGCCUCCUACGCCGUCCCCAUUGCCAUCAGCCUGUUCGGCGGCCGCACCCACUUGGUCGGCGCGGACUUCAACCUUGGCGCUUUCGGUGCCUUUGCCAACGUUGUUGCUCUUGCCUGGUCUCUCCUCGCCAUGCCUCUGUUCUGCAUGCCCACCUUCGUCCCCGUCACUCCUACCACCAUCAACUACGCCCCUGCCGUCUUCGUCGCCGCUUGCCUCAUCUCCGGUAUCUGGUACUUCGCCUGGGGCCGCAAGAACUACGCCGGUCCCCCGUCCGAGGAGGUCCAGAACUAG